AUGGCUAAACAGAUCGGGUCACUGACUCCGAAAAUAUCCAACCUUCCCAUAGGCGAAGCAAAAUCGUCCAAGAACAGAACGAGACCAGUUGCAGGGACAUUUGGAAUUCCAUACAAUUUGGGGGGCGAAGUUAGUGGCGCCAAAAGAACAGCAUGCAGAACUAGCACUUGCUUGAUUCUGCUGGGGGCCAGGAGUAGUUCAUGCGAAAGCCAUCAAAGCCAAGAGAGUUUAUGUUUCGUCCUUGUGUUUUUUCAUAGAAUACCCAGAAUGAUAAACAUUUAUAAUAUCGCUGUGGUUAUUGUGGUUUUACUGCCUUCAAACCAAGGUCGGCAUCACAUAAUUAGCCGUGGACAUCUGAAGCCUCCUCUAGAGGAACCGGCCUUCUUUACAACGGAUAUAGAACUAGAUGAACUUCAUUUGAAGCAGGAGCAACAACGAAGAGUCAAGGGAGGAACAAAUAGUCAUAAGAUGCCACCUCCUGUUGGUCCUAUCAGGGACCUUCACCUUAAGCAAGAGCAAAAACGAGGAGACAGUGGAGGACAAAAGACCUUUAAGAUGCCACCUCAUCAUGGUCCUAUCCGAGAAAUCAAUCCACACGCACCAUACUUCGACGAAGGUCGUGACAGUUGUGGCCGCAAUUCAGGUUCUUCUUCACGAGUCAUCAAUGGCGAUGACGCUACUCUUGGAGAAUGGCCAUGGCAGGCCCGCUUGGAAUUCAACCAUCACCAUAUAUGUGGAGGGUCACUGAUUAUGGCAGAGUGGGUUAUGACCGCUGCUCAUUGCGUACUUAAUGAUGAUCCCAGCAAGUUUAAGGUGAUCCUUGGGGAUAUCGAUCGUAAGAAGAAUGAAGGCUCAGAACAAGAAUUUGAGGUGAAACGUAUCAUCAAACAUCGUCUAUUCUCACACCCAGUUCCAUACGAGAACGAUAUCGCCCUCUUUCAGCUUUCGCACCAAGCUUCUCGCGGCGAUUUAGUGAAUACAGCUUGUUUACCAGAAUUUCUUGAAGAAGUGCCGCUUGGGAAGGAAUGUUACAUAACAGGUUGGGGACAGAUGUUUGGUAAAGGCGAUUCAGCUACGAUCCUACAACAGGCGCGAAUGCCUGUUGUCUCUAACGGAGCAUGUGCAGCAAAACUGGAUACCUCACCGAAUGGUGGGCUUCAUACUGAUAACCGAACCUGGAUAGUGACAAGCAAAAUGAUCUGCGCAGGAGAUGCAGGGCACACUAAGACAAGCGGCUGCUUUGGGGACAGCGGUGGACCAUUUCAAUGCAAGAAUACCGCUGGCCAGUGGGUAGUGCAGGGUAUUGUAAGCUGGGGUGACCCGGAUUGUUCAUCGAGUAACCAUUACACGGUGUUCACUCGGGUCAGCGUGUUUCGCAAGUGGAUCGAGGAUAUGUUGAAAGACACAGUUAACAAAUCUGAUAAAGACAUUUAGGUACAUCUAAGCAACCACGUAUGAGCCGGAAAAUUUCGUUUUUUUAUAAAUAACAAUUAAAUUUUGAAAAGUCAGUUAAGUUACCUUUUUAGUAUUUAACUAUCGGAGGAAAUGCCGCAUAAGAGAAAAAAGAUUGUAAAUUAACUUAAAUUAUUACGGGAAAGCUAUGACGAUUGUAAAUUAACCUAAACAGGUUUAAAGUAACGGAAAAGUAAAGGUUACUUAGGAUAGAUCUCACCUAUUACAUUUCCGAGCUUGAAA